AUGGGAACCAGGGAGCUGCGGCUGCCGCCGGCGUCCAGCCGAGCAGCUGUAGAGAGCUAUGUCUCGCGCGUGGCCCCGCAGCUGCCCCCGGACGUUGCCUUUGCCACGCUGGUGCCGUGGAGCUCUCCGCAGCGACCGAGCAGGCUCGCCACACCAGACUCUGCGGCUCAAGGCCGUUGGGACCCAGAGGGGAUCGCGGACCUGGCGUCCGAGUGCACCAGCUUGCUGGUGCCAUGCACGUUCGAAACGCGGUACGAGAAGCGGUUGAUGAAGAAGUUGUUGGAGCAGCUCGAGCCGCACCGUGACAUCUGCGUGUACGUUCUGCAGCUCCUCGAGGUCGCGGGCCAGAUCACCCGAGAGUACGUGCAGACGGUCAUGGCGCGCCACGACGCGCUCCUGGCCGUCGGUGCCAACGCUGUGCUGCUGGAUCCUACCGACAAUCCAGAUCGGCUGCUCCAGAAUCUCGACCAAGAGCGGGCUUGGUUCGAAGCGAAUGCGCUGCGUGCAAAAUCGAUGGUCGACUGCAACGACGACUAUUUCCAGUCUGUGCUGGACCAUCACCACGAGCUGCUAUGGGAGAGCGUCCCGAAAGCUCUGAUGCGAAAUUUCGACCCCAUCGAUCGCAACCUCGUGGAAACGGCCAACAGGGUGGGCGAUUACAAGAUGACCAAUCGCUUCAGCUCGAGGAGCGGGAAAGACGUCCUGCUUGCCGAGCGGAGCGAAUCCGAGAAGGUCGUCCUCAAGGUCUACAACAAGUGGGACCAUCCGUCUGCCGGGGACCUGGAGUGCAUCUACCGCGAGCUGCGGUUCCUGCGGGACGUGCUGCGGCACCCGCACAUCGCCCGCUGCACCGACAUGAACCACAGCUUCUCUCGGGUGUACUUGGUUUUCGAACUGGGGGGCAUGCAGAAUCUGCACCAGCGCCUCCUGGACCAGCCGGGGUACCGCCUCGAUCUGGAGGAUGCCGUGGACUGCACGGUGCAGGUGGCAGGAGCGCUGGCCUACUGCCACUCGCGGGACAUCGUGCACAGGCAGGUGUGUCUGGAGCACAUCGUCGUGGAGGACCAGUCCGAGGCGCCUUUCUGCCGCCUGGUGGACUUCUACCAGGCGACGCGCUGCCCAGAGGCGACACCGCUGGCCACGACGUGCGGGGACCUGCCGUGCAUCGCUCCCGAGGUGGCCCUGGAUGAGUCGUACGUCGCCAAGCCUGCGGACUGCUGGAGUCUCGGGGUGGUGCUCCUCGAGGCCGCCGGGGGCCUGGGCUCGAUGCGGCAGGCGGUCGGCUGGCCGGAGGAGGCGGAGCUGGAGCCCACGGCCAGAAGGAUCAAGAACUUCUUCUCCGGCGAGGGGAGCCACGCUCGCGCACUGGCGGUCAUGGGCGGCGUGCGCAGCGAGGCCGUGCUGGCCAACCUGUCUGCACUCCUCGAGCCGACGCCCACGGCUCGGGCGAGCAUGGACGCCAUCGCACAGUUCUCCGCCUAG